GUACAGACAGCGAAGGCAAGCGACAGUCUAAAACACGAUUUAAAACCAAUUCUUCCUAAAAAUACACUAAACAGGUCUGUGUAUAUACAGUACAGUAGAUAUCCAAGAUGAAGGUUACAGUGGAUUUGAUAUUAUCAUUAUCUGAGAGUGAUGAUGGAGAUGAGCUGCAGAAGCAUCUUACUUUAUUGUCCGAUGAUCAGCUUACAACUAUGCUUACUAAUAGUGCUCUUAGAGGGAAGGAUACAGGAAUCCUGAUCAAAGCCAUAUUUAAAGGUUCACCAGUAAGUGUCUCUCAUGGUGCGAACCGCAGACUGGUUGUGUAUAAGCACUGUAUUCCUCUGUGUGAGUCUGGAGACCUGCAGACAGAAGUGGCCUCAGACAUCAUCGGCCUUCUGAUGCUGGAAACACACAGUCUUCCUGGACCUGCAUUAGCCACGUUAGCAUCUCUAUAUGUGGAUGCUAUCAAAGUGGGUGAGAUGAACAGUGGGAGAUCACUGGAACUUUUCCCUACAAUCUUAACAGCUCUUUCCGCUACAGAUGCAUUGGCUUAUGGGAAAGGUGAGCUGACUGGAGAUGAAUACAAGAAGCAGCUGAUCAACAGUCUUUGCUCUAGCAGAUGGGAUCCACAGUGUGUAAUUCACCUUACAACCAUGUUCAGAGAUGUUCCUUUAUCAGCGGAGGAGCUUCAGUUUCUGAUUGAGAAGAUUCUGCGCAUGUUCCUGAAACUGGAUCUACAGGAGAUUCCUCCUCUGGUAUAUCAGCUGCUGCUGCUGUCUGCUAAGGGCUGUAAAAAGUUGGUUCUGGAGGGAAUCAUCAAUUACUUCAAAAAGCAAGACCAGCUUCAGAAAGAGGAGCAAAGAAAUGGAGAGUGUGAAGAUGUGGAGGUGCAGACCAUCCCACAGGAUCAGCUGCGGCAUGUAGAAGGAACUGUGAUCUUACACAUCGUUUUUGCCAUUCGUCUUGACCAUGAGCUUGGAAGGGAGUUUUUUAAAAACCUUAAGGUGGCCCAGAGUGAUCCGCUAUGUCCGUUCAGUAUCGCACUGCUGCUUUCUGUGGCUCGCAUACAACGAUACGAGGAGCAGGUAUUUGAGUUCCUGAAGGGCGCAAUCACUAAAAACUUCAAGGAUGAUCAGAUUCAGAACAGCUCAAAGUUUCUGCAGGAUCUCCUGCCUAAGUGUAACAGCGUCUCUGACAUGAUUCUGGACACUGUCAAAAACAGUGUGUUCGGCUGGGACCAUGUCACUCAAGGUCUGGUGCAACUUGGAUUUAUCCUGAUGGACUCAUUCGGGCCUAAACCAGGACCAUUCGGAAAGGUGACAGAAGGAACGUCGAGUACGGCUAAAACACCAAACCAGCUAGCAUGUAAACUUGGUGGACAAGUUCUCCUCGAGAGCUUCAAGAUGCAUGAACCAAUCAGAGGGGAGAUACUAGAACAAGUCUUGAACCGAUUGGUUACUAAAACAGCCUCUCCUGUGACCCAUUUCAUUGACCUUCUUUCCAGCAUAGUGAUGUCUGCUCCCAUGAUCCUUUUGGAAUCUUCCUCUAAGGUCACAGAAACAUUUGACCAGCUCUCUUAUUUGCCUCUUAGUACAGUACAGGGUCUCCUCAAAGCGGUGCAGCCCCUGCUUAAAGUGAGCAUGUCUAUGAAAGAUGCCCUCAUCCUGGUCCUCCGGAAGGCCAUGUUUUCCAGUCAUUUAGAUGGCAGAAAGUCAGCAGUGGCGGGAUUUCUGCUGCUGCUGAAGAACUUUCGUAUUCUGGGGAGUUUAGCAUCUAGCCAGGCUAGUCAAGCCAUUACAUCAAGCCAGGUCCAGGCGGACGUUCACUCUCGCUACAACACAGCCGCUAAUGAAGCCUUCUGUCUGGAGAUCCUGAGCAGUUUACGCCGCUGCCUCAACCAGCAGGCUGACGUUCGGCUCAUGCUUUAUGAGGGUUUCCACGAUGUCCUCCGUCGUAACUCUCAGCUGGCGAGUUCCAUCACACAGACCCUCCUGUCACAACUAAAGCGAUAUUUUGAACCCGAGCAAGACCUUCUUCCGCCUGUGAAGCUGGAGUCGUGUAUCAGCGCUCAGGGAGAUCAGGUCUUCCUCCAGGAGCCUCUGGCUCAUCUGCUGUGCUGUACGAUUCACUGUGUGCUGUGGAACCAGAACGUGAGGUCAGGUGGUAAUGCGAGCGAUGACGAGGAUGAUGAAGAUGAUGAGGGUGGAGUGGAGAGUGAACUGCACGCCAUGCUGGAGAGCAUAACGAAGCGCAUGAUUAAGAGUGAAUUGGAGGAUUUUGAGUUGGAUAAGUGUGCUGAGUUUUCGACGGGUUCCAGUGUUGGAGUGAAGAACAACAUCUAUGCUGUGCUGGUGAUGGGACUGAACGAGGUUCUGAUGGAGUACAACUUCAUCACUGCCAAUUACAGUAAGAACCACUUUGAGGAUGUUCUGGAGCUUUUCAAGCGUUACCUUAAGGUGUGUGAGAUCCUGAGAGAGCGGGCUGGAAAGGGUCGUCCUGCAUCCAGCAAAACCCCUCGCAGUCUGCUGUCACUGGGCUUUGUGUCUACACUGCUGACGGCUCUCUUCAGGGACAGCACUCAGAGUCAUGAGGAGAGUCUGUCAGUGUUGCGCUCCAGUGGAGAUUUCCUGCGCUACAGUGUGAGCGUCGCCCUUCAGAAAAUCCAGCAGCUGGAGGAGACAGGACACACUGACGGGCCUGAGGGGCAGAGUCCUGACAAAACCUUCCGCCAUCUCUGUGACAUCACCAGUGUGCUAAUGUGGCGCUAUACCAAUGUGCCGUCCACCGUGGAGGAUGCUGGGAAGAAGGAGAAGGGUCAGAGUGUCUCUUUACUAUGUCUAGAGGGUUUACUGCGAGUUUUCACUACUUUACUACAGCGGUACCCCACACGAGUCAGCAACUUCCUGUCUUCUCUAGAUGUUUCAGGGGAAGGAGAGGGUGACAAAUCUGAUCUGACGGAGCAAACGGCUUUCUAUAUCCGCCAGUUUCAGCGAGCAUUGAUGAACCAGCUCAGCGGCCCAGAGGAAGAGUUCAACAGUAAAGAAGCUCAGCUUCUGGUCAGCAUCCUCAGCGUUCUCUCACGGCAGCUCAGUCCCACCUCACAGCAGUUUUUGCAAAUGAUCACCUGGACUGUAAAAAUUUGUAAAGAAACCAACUUUGAGGACAUCGCUCUCACUAAGGGUUUACUGUCUCUGCUGUUCAGCCUGUAUGUCCUGCAUAAGAGCCCAGUGUCUCUGCUGUGGGAGAUGUGCCAGGACACACACAGCCAGCUGGGAGACAUCGACCAGGACGUAGAGGUGGAGAAACAGUCUCAUUUCGCCAUCAUCUGCAUGAAAACGGCUGCGUCCACCACGCUUCAGGUCUUGUCUCAGGUUGGGAAGGUGUUGGAUGAAGUGGACUGGCUGAUCGCCAAGAAGAAAGCCCAGAUAAGCUCAGACAGAACUAUUUCAGGAAAUACCCAGCAACCACUGGGCCAGCAGGACCCGAUUGAGAAAGCGGUCACCAUCCAGUUAGGCACACUGUUAACAGCUCUGCAUGAGCUGGUUCAGACGGCUCUGCCCACAGGAGCCUGUACAGACACACUGAUGAGAGAGCUCAGUCGAACAUACUGCAUCCUGACCACACUUACCAAAUAUUAUAUUCAGCUGUGUGCGGCUCAACCUGGACAACUUCCUGCACGUUUGGAGAAACUGGUGAAGCUGUCAGGAUCACACCUCACGCCUCAGUGUUACUGCUUCAUCACCUAUGUGCAGAGUGGAGAGCUGACAGCAGGAGGCUCCGAGAAGCUGAAGAAGAAGAAAAAAGAAGAGGAAGCAGUAGCAGCGGCUUCAGCUAAAGUUCUGCGAGAGACUAAAGCCAUCCCAAACCUGAUUUUCAACAUCGAACAGUAUGAGAAGUUUCUUAUUCUCCUGUCCAAGAAGUCCAAGGUCAAUCUGAUGCAGUACAUGAAGCUGAGCACUUCCAGAGACUUUCGCAUCAACGCGGCCACGCUGGAGGCUGCAUUACAGGAACAGCAGCAGGACCAAAGCCAGCAGACUGAAGAUUCUCAGAGUCAAGCACCAAAGAAAAAGAGGAGGAAGAAGUGAGAGGAAGCCUCCAGUCAUUGCACUUCUAUCCUCUGUUCAUUUCUGAGUGAGAUUGCACUAAGGAGAGCCGUUUAUCCCACAGAUGUUAUUUUGACCUUGGAGCUUGUCGUUUUAGUUUAGUCAAAGAGCCGUUGGUAAUCUCUAUAAUCUGAUAAAUGUCCAGCACCUCACCUGUGGAUAUAAAAACAUCAGCUUUGUUCAUAGUAUCACACUGACAGUAUAUAAAGACUGAACGCCUCAUUUAGCUCUUAAUAUUGUGGUCUUAGAGACUCGAGUUCUUAAAUGUUCACUGAAUGCUGCUAUAAUCUAUCUUAAUAAACAAAUACCCAAAUGUCA